AUGUCGUCGGCUGCCCUGCAAACGGCCCCCCAUCAACACACCGCUCUGGCCUCGUCUCCCUUGGCCACACCGUCCAGCCGCCAGUACAGGUCCUCGCACUCAUCCCCUUCUGGCCAGGCGUACAAUGCCCAGCAGACCGCGACCGCUUCUCCAUCUUCGCGACGACCUCCUUCACGCAAGACGAGCGACAGUGCACCUUCACCUGCUUACCAUCUAGGUCCCGGUUUUGGCUCUCCCGUCACCGCUACCUCAGCGCCCAACGAACACGAGCCGUCCGCCUCUGAUCGGCACGGCAACAUGCCUCCCGUUGCUCCUCCACGGACUUCGUCCAACAACCAGAGCGGCGGUUCGCGAAGGACACAAUACUCCAAUGAGAAGAUGACCAACUCCCCUCGACGAGGACAAAACGAUGCAUCUCGAUCCGGUUCCCAUGGUGAUCACGGCGCUGCCGCAGAAAAUGGACAUCGAAGCAGCAAGGCUGACGCCGCUGCCCGAGCCGCCAGCAGAGAUGGCAAGAACGCCACGACCGCGAUUCCCAUCCGAUCCGCCCACAGUACGCCCUCGAGACCUGUCCACGAAGCCACUGACAACCUAACCAAAGCCAUUGCAGCUGCCCAAGAUCCAAAUGGCAGGGAUCGGAAUCAUGCCACAAACCAGGACGACGACGAUGCUGCGCCGCCUCCUGUGGUCGCGACUGGCGACCACGGCGAGGAACGACGAGGGCAACGGAGUCGUCAUGAUCACAGCCGAAGCAAUAAGGGCACUACAAAAUUUGGCGACUUUAUCCUGGGAAACACUAUCGGCGAGGGAGAGUUUGGCAAGGUCAAGCUAGGCUGGAAGCAAGACAGCAGCGUUCAGGUUGCUAUCAAGCUUAUUAAAAGGGACAGUGUUGGCAGCAACCCGUCUCGAUUCGCCAAGAUCUACCGAGAAGUUGCCAUUUUGCGAGGUGUCCAGCACCCUAAUAUCGUGCGCCUGAUCGACAAGGUCGAGACAGAGAGACACAUUGGCAUCAUUCUCGAGUAUGCAUCUGGAGGCGAGCUGUUCGACUAUAUUCUCAACCACCGAUACCUGAAGGACAAUGCGGCCCGCCGUUUGUUUGCCCAGCUUGUUUCGGGUGUCGGCUAUCUUCACAAGAAGGGAAUCGUUCACCGAGAUCUGAAACUGGAAAACCUGCUCCUGGACCGCAACCGCAACAUCAUUAUUACCGACUUUGGCUUUGCCAACACUUUCGAUGCGAAUGAGGAUCUCACUGAGGAGGAGGAGCUUAACCUCACCGACAGGGAAUUCGUGAAACGAAUGGGUCUGGACCGCGUCAAGCGCAACGGAACCAGGAAGGGUGAUCUCAUGCAGACAAGUUGCGGUAGCCCGUGCUACGCAGCUCCCGAGCUCGUUGUCAGCGACUCCCUCUACACCGGACGCAAGGUGGAUGUCUGGAGUUGUGGUGUCAUUCUGUACGCGAUGCUCGCUGGCUACCUUCCCUUCGAUGACGAUCCGGCCAACCCCGAAGGCGACAACAUCAACCUUCUCUACAAGUAUAUCGUGACGACUCCUCUGACGUUCCCCGAGUAUGUCACACCACACGCUCGAGAUCUCCUCCGUCGUAUCCUCGUCCCCAACCCCCGUAAGAGGGCGGACCUCUUCGAAGUGGCUCGACACAGCUGGCUCAGCGAAUACGCGAACCUGGUAGAGUUUAUAACCAGCUCGACGACAUUACCUUCCGAUGUUCCGAAUUCUGGCUCCGCACCGGACGAUUAUGCAGAGGCUCCGACUAUUGCCAGAAGCUCAUCGGUCCGCGAGGCCACCAAGCACAAGCAGUCUCAUCCUCCCGUUGUUGGAGGACUGGCCAAGACCCAUGGAAACAUCGACCCCGAGUCCGAGUCUGGGCACCGCACGCCCAAGGAUGCCAAGCGACGGACUGUUCAGGUCGAGUACGUGGCUCCCACCACGCAGACACAGCGUGGCGCCGAUGCCGCGGCCGCCAAACCCAGCUCUCGCUCUCUUACACAGGCGCCCGCACCCGAGGUCUCUACUGAGAAGCCACUACCUCGAGAGCCUCCAGUGGCAAAGGAGAUUGCUGCCCGGACAACACAGUCCAGGCGGCCUCAGAGCGCUCACAAGAACACUGCUGCCGCUCCCGCGAGACCGAGCCGCGACACUCGCGCCACCUCGGACAACGCCUUCAUGACUGGAAUUAGUACCACAGCCAGGCCACAGACCGGAGGCUCUAUGAAGUCCUCUGCUUCUAUGGGUCUGCAAUCUCGCACUACCUACGGACAACCGGUGCCCCCAACAAUUGCCGAUACCAAUGCUCAGGGCCGAAUCCAGCAGCCUUCGAACCUAGAGGACGAGGAGAACGUGGCCAAGACAGUUGGAAGCGUUCCUCCCAAGGUUAUGAAGAUGUCUGCCUUCCAGAAUGAGACGAAGCGUGAAGGAAGGGGCCACAAGCGGUCCAACACUCUUGGCGAUCUUGGCAACAAGAUCAUGGGCCGAAGCGGAUCUAUCUUUGGAGGUCGUGGUAAGAAGCGAUCAGAACAGCCCACCGACAAGUCAAGAAAGUACCCUCCCGUCAGCCUGUCCAACACGAUGCUGCCUGGUGAGGAAGCUGGCCCCAGACCCUCGGUUGAUUCAAGAGCAUCUCGACGAUCCUUUUCCCUUGGACUUGGCAAGAAGCGUAGUGGCAGCAUCCACGGCUCUCAAGGUUCAGGUGAGAAGCCGGAGCGUCGGCGAUUCUCUCUGGUGCCCCCAGCUCUGUCUUCCAAACUGGGUCUUGGUGGUGGUAAGGAUCAUGGAAGCGUAACAGCCUCGGAGGCUGAGUCGCAGCAAGACCUGCCCAUUCAGAACCCCCGAAACGAGCAGCUCCGUGGAUACAGCGCCCAUGACGAGCCCCGACACAGCGAGCCUUACUUUGACGCCCCUUACGACCAGGUCCCCUCGCAAGAUACUGCUCACUCGAGCCCUGUCUACCACCACCGCUACGGAUCUACAGCACAGGAUGCCAGAAGGCCCAGCGCCAUCCCACCCUACAUGCAGACUGGUACUCACCUAAACACGGGGUCUGAGUCGUCAGUGGACAUGCGCCGCCCCCCGACGGAACCGCGAUCUCGACCUUACCAGGGCGACUUUUCGGAAUCCGAAACCUUCGACGGACGCGUGGGCAGCAGCCGUGGAGAGCGUGGCGGGGUCCUUCACAAGAACCACAAGCGAUUCGCGGACGCCUACGAAGGGGCCGACUACCGAGGACACGAAGGGAGCAGCGGAGCCGCGAAGCGAGUCAUGGACUUCUUCAGGAGGCGCGGGAAGGCUCGAGGUGGCGAAGAGCGGUGA